AUGGCGCCCGCAGAUGAAAAGCCAUCCGGCGCGAAAUCGCAGAAGGGCAUCCUGAAGAGAGUGACUUACAAGGCGCCGAAAGUCGACGCGAAGAAGGCAGGCGCUCUGAGCAUUGAUCGCAAGAGCAAACCGACAGGCACGGCAGACGGCGCACAGGAAGCCGCUGGCGACUCAAAGGCUGCACCGGUCACAAAAUUCGCGGCACAACACAAGGCUUACUUUCCCAAAGAGCGAGACAAGAUGCCCGAACGGAAAGUCUGCAAGCCAUGCAAGAAGCACAUCACCGAGGACUCGGCCAAAGACCACUGCGCUGGCUGCCUUAAGAAGAAGCAGGAUAAAGCGAGACAGAAGAAGGAGGCUCGAGAGGCUGCACAGCGCGAGAAGGAACGGGCUGCGCGUGGCGACGAUGACGACGAUGACGACGACGACAUACGAGAUGGCAAGGGAAAGAAGCGGAAAGCCGAAGACGACGACAAAGACAAGGAGCCCAAGAAAAAGAAGAAAAAGGACGAGCCCAAGGCGAAGGCGGCAAAGGCCAAGGGCCCCGUUGAUGUCGAGAAGCAGUGCGGUGUUUUGCUCCCCAACGGCGCCCAAUGUGCUCGCAGUCUGACAUGCAAGUCCCACAGCAUGGGCGCAAAACGAGCGGUGCCAGGUCGAAGUCUACCAUACGACAUGUUGUUACAGAACUAUCAGAAGAAGAAUCAGGCUCGACAACAGAAAGCUGCCAUCGAUGCCAACGCUCCGUUGCAAGAUGAGGACCUCGAUGUCGCCCUCACCGGUCCAGUCGAUUCCGACGAGGAGAGAGAUGCCAUCAUGCUGCCGUAG